AUGGGGAAGGGGAAGGCCCAGGAGCGCCAGAGCAGGGCGGGCUGCCCCCACUAUGGCAAUGGGAAUGGAGGUGUGAUGGAUGGUGCAGCUGGAAGGAUGUGGGCAGCUCUGUUGCCAUUCGGACCCGACUGGGUCCUGGAAUCCGUGCUAUCGGCCGGGGAGGCGGCCCUGAGGGCGGGCCGGGGCGGGGCCCGGCGUUUUAUAUGGUCGCGCGCGCGGGCCCCUAGCCGCAGACAAUACGCCUCUCGGCUCGAGCGCUGCGGCCGACGCCACCGUCACAGCCACUGCCACCGCCACCGCCGACGCGAGUUCCCGGUUGGCGAUCGUGGCAGCCGGGGCCCCUGCGGGCCUCAGUCUCCGCAUCUGUGCAACGGGGCGGCCCCUCUGCGCCGCGCCCCGGGAACCCGGUGCCGCAUCGCCCCGCUCCUCCCUCCUGCGCGGCCUCCGGGACCGGGCUCCCACGUCCUCGGCGGACCGGGCCAGAGAGCGGGGCUGCCAGCCCAGGGCCGAGACGGUACAGCCGCGCGGCCACCAAAAAACGGAAGAUGGCGUCGAGCACCGGUCCCCGCCGACCCCGGGGCGCCCCGGAGCCGCGCACCUUCGAGGGGCCCGAGACCGGCCGGACUCGGGACGCGGGGAAGUCCGGAACAGGAACUGCGCGCCGAGCGGGCGCGGCGCCCUCCUCCUACCCACGCCCAGUGCAGAGAAGAAAUGUAUCAAGCAAGACCCCUCUCUAGGAACCUCUUUUUGUACACCUUCCUGCAAAACCAUGGCCCUGGCUUCCUGGAUGACCAAGGUGAGGGGCUUCCCGGCGUGACCAAUAUUUUGGAGUUCCACCCUGUCUCCCCCUACAGUGACGGCCCCCACUACUUGGCCAUGCAGCUGGCCUCCAUUGCCGACGAGAUGGAGCUGAGGCUGCUGCUGCCCCAGUUCGUCGAGCCCAUCCGGAUGACCAUGUACAGCCACACAGGACUGAGGGACGUUCUUAGAAGUUUUAUGGUGGCUUUCACUAACCUCGGGGAGAACAGAAGGCUCUGGAGCUUCCUGACCCUCAGGGACAGGGUGUCCCCCAGCCCGUGGCCCGAGCUGGCGCUGUCCCUGCUGGUGGUGGUGACGCUCAGCUGGGGGUGCCGCCUCCACUGACCCGCUGCUGGCCCGCGUGGGGUGGGGCUGGCCCCCCGCCCGCUCAGCCACCACCCUGGAGGUGGCCUUGUUGGUUUGGCUGUCUUUUAACUGUUUUCUGAUGACCCCUUUUUAUAUUUAAACUCUGAGUGCUGGGACACUGAGGUUCAUCCUAGUUUUUCCCUUGUUUUUUGUAAGAGAAAUGAAUUUAUUAUACCUCUGGGGUCGUUGCUGGUUAAUGACCUGCUCUCCUGGCCCCGGCCCGCUCUGCAGUGGCCCGUCCUGAGAAGGAGCCUCCCUCUCUUGGGUCGGUCAAAUAGUGGGCAGCGGGGGGAGUGCUGGUCACACCCCCGUAUCUGUGAUGCCCGUGGCAAAAAGAAUCUGCUGGAAUAGAUUUCUGCGGGGUGAGGAGAGCUCAAUAAAA